AUGUUGGGCAAUAAUCCAAUUAAUGUGCUAAAAAGUGUGAAAAUAAUGAAAUUUAAACUAGUUUUCCUAUUAAUAAUGUCAAUUUUCAUCAAGACAUCUGAAGCAGUUCAUUGCUACAAAUGUGACAGCUCAACAUCCACAGAAUGCAAUGAUUUAUUCGACAAAUCAUCGGCAACAAAAUUAAUAAUUGACUGUGAUGAUCCAACUUAUCCUCCUACCGGAGUAUAUUGACCUUCUUAAAACAGUCGAUAGGAAAGACUUGAUGUCAUACUGCACAAAAACUGAAAUAAUCAGCAAUGAUGAAUUGAUAACGUCUAGAAAUUGCGGAUUCACAAACUUGAAAGCUAUCAAUGAAGUGGAUUCAAUAUCAAGAAUUCUUGUUAAUAAGUUAAAUGUUGACGUCGAGAAUCAAUGCUCGUGGCCUAUGAGUAGUCAUCCAAUACUUUCUUACUGUACUUGUUCAUCAAGUUUGUGUAAUGGAAGUAGGAUGACUAAUUCUGGAGUUAAUGCUGGAUUUUUAUUAGUUUUAGUUGGAAUUGUUUGUUUUAUGAGGAAGAUAUGGAACUAG